UCGUUUUGGUUUGGUCUCACAAAACUGUCAAAACAUAUACAUGCUUAAAAGCAAAAAAAGUCAUAAAAAAUCUUCCUUUUUAAUAACAAGUUUUGCCAUAUUUCCUUAGGUCUAUAAAUAUAUAUCCACUAUAACAUCACCAAAACUUCUGGAAUAAUUACACCAUCACAGAACUAAGCAAAAAGCCCUAACUUUUUCCUCUCUUUUUUUCUUCCUAGAUCAAUCAUGGAUAGAUUACCUUUUCACAUCCUUGAAGAGAUUCUCUUCAGAUUGGAUCCCAAAUCUCUGGCUAUGAUGCAAUGCACGGAUCGAUCUAUCAACUCGCAUAUAACCGACGAUCCGCUUUUCAAAUCUGUAUAUAAGAAGGACCAUUACGACGAGGGAGUGGUUCAUGGGAACGACUUGAAAGCUAACAAGUGGGGAGUCAUGGAUUGGAUUCCACGGUGGUGCGAUGGUAAACGAGACUUUUAUCAGUCCAAACCGUCUUUGACAUCUUCUUCGAUGGAACUAGAUGAGAAUGUGGACGUCGACAUGAUUAAUCAUGAUGAUGAUAAACGAAUCUCCUCUCUAAGCAAAAUUACGAGACUAAUUAGUGGAAUCUCACCAUAUGCUCAGAGCCUGUUCAAGAAAAAGGGAAAGCUACUUGGAAAAAGAUUGAUGAUUGAAGAAGAAACGAAAUUGAAGAUGAUGAUUGAUGAGCCUAAUUCUUCCAAGUUCCUAGACGUGGAGAGAAUCAACAAAAGAAGAAGAGUCAAGUAGACAAAAUUCGUAUUGUGGCUAAUUUUGGUUAAUGGAAUAGAAGUUUAAGAGUUAUGUUUUUCCUUUGUUUUUUUUACUACUUUUCUUUUUAUAUGUUUUGCUAAGAUAUGAUGUUACU